UAUUUAGUUUUAACCAAGAUUGACAACUACACUCUGUUGGAUUACUCCCUAAUCAGUUCUCCAGAAAUUACUGAGAACUACCUUGACCUGAACUUGAAGGGCGUAUUCUACCCACUGGAAAACCUCGCCGACCCGCCCUUCUCACCAGUUCCUUUUGUGCUCCCAGAACGCAGCAACUCCAUGCUCUACAUUGGAAUUGCCGAGUAUUUCUUUAAAUCUGCGUCCUUUGCUUAUUUCACAGCUGGGGCUUUCAACGUCACUCUCUCCACCAAAGAGAUUUCCAACCAUUUUGUUCAAAACUCUCAAGGCCUUGGCAAUGUGCUCUCCCGGAUUGCAGAGAUCUACAUGUUGUCCCAGCCCUUCAUGGUGAGGAUAAUGGCCACGGAGCCUCCCGUGAUCAAUCUACAACCAGGCAACUUCACCCUGGACAUCCCUGCCUCCAUCAUGAUGCUCACCCAACCCAAGAACUCCACAGUUGAAACCAUCAUUUCCAUGGACUUUGUUGCUAGUACCAGUGUUGGCCUGGUUAUUUUGGGACAAAGACUGGUCUGCUCCUUGUCUCUGAACAGGUAA